CCACAGAGAGCAGACCGAUGGCUCCCGUCUCCCAGCGUCGACUAUAUUAGAAACUGUUUUAAUUUUACUGCAGAUUAAGUGGAGUGGUGCUAUGUCUUCUGGAAUGACUGGACAAACACCGUGCCUAACCAGCCGAUGGGAUAAGCCAGCCCAACCUAAACAGGGUGUAGAUGUGAGGCAGCAGAGGAGCAGUGAAAAUGCAGCCCACUCUGUCUCUUUAUCAGGAGACGUCAGCACUGCUGCUUCAAAAAGCACAGUUUCUCAGCCACCACAAACAGGAGAAAAGCCAGCACCACAGGGAGGAGUUGAAAUGGCUGCGGCCAUGGCUGCUAAAAUAAAUGCCAUGUUAAUGGCAAAAGGAAAGCUGUUGACUCCUCCACCGUUACUCGCAAAGACCCCUCCAAGCGUGCCUGUGCCAACAGCUACAGAAGAAAUGGUAGUCACAGAGGUUGACAUAAAUGAUGUACCGCUAAAUUGCAGAGACCUUCUUACUAAAGGCAAAACACAGGAGGAGAUCCGACAGUUUAGUGGAGCAGUGGUCUCAACAAAAGGUCAUUACAUGUCUGAAGCUGAAAAGGGAAAAGCUGGACAAAGACCGUUGUAUUUGCAUGUCCAGGGAAAGAACCAAGAAGAAGUCAAUAAGGCUGUGUUGAGGAUAAAGGAGAUUAUCUCCGAGGACGUGCUGAGGGCCUCAGCAGCAUCAGGAGGACAACAGGUGCCUGUAAUGCCUCCACUCACACUCUACCCUCAGCCUCCUCGCCCCGUCAUUACCCCACCUGUGCCACGGAUGCCCACCGCCAACUCAGUGCCAGGACAUCGGCCUGCAGCUCCUCAUUCAGGGAGUUUUGUGCACACAAAGAUUUUCGUGGGUCUGGACCACGUAAUGCCCUCGUUCAAUGUGAAUGAAAAGGUCGAGGGUCCAGGAGGUUCGUACUUGAGUCACAUCCAGUCAGAGACGGGGGCUCGGGUCUUUCUCAGGGGAAAAGGUUCUGGCUACAUUGAACAAGCAUCAAAGCGAGAGUCCUUCGAACCGCUUUAUGUCUACAUCAGCCACCCAAAUGCAGCUGGAUUGGAGUCAGCGAAGAAACUCACAGAGAGUCUGCUGGAAACUGUGAGAGCUGAAAGUGCCCGUAUGCUGUCGAUGUACACAGCCACCGGCUCAACACAACCAUACGCAGCACACGGAUUUCCACCUAAUAGCAAUUACUCUAGCCAGGGGUCCUGGUAUAACUACCCAGCAAAUGGGUAUGCUGGCGGCUAUCCAGCGUACUCAGGAGCCAGUGGUUAUUGGAGUAAUGCAAAUGGUCCCCCAAGUCAUUCUAACAUGUCGACAAACCCUCCAUCUUCUCAGGCAAUGGUUCAGUAUCCGGUGUGUCCUAGGAAACCGCAUCCCUAUCUCGUCCAGCCUCCUGGCAGCAGUGAGACAGUGGAACCUGGAGGAUCUUUAAACACCCCCCCUGACUCAGGAAGUCCCAAACGUCAUUUCCAGGAGGGGGCCAAGGAAGAACAGCCUACCAGCAGAUCUCCAGAGGGCCCGGCCCGUCAGGAGCCUUCACCUCCUGCCCCCAGUGUCGGAGAAGAGAAAGUCGUGGAAAGAAUUCUGAUGCCUCCACCACCUCCCGUCUUCGUGGCUCCUGCUCCUGUCGCACGCAAAAGGCCAAGAGACACGGUGACAGAGGAUCCAGUCAGUGUGCCUGGCAUCGCCGCGUCGAUGGGUGUUCAAGAGGAGGUGUGCGAGAAGAAAUCUAAAGCGGACGAAGAUGCAUCGGGGCUAGUGCCCUACGGAGGAGACUCCUCCGAUGAAGAGGAGGAGAGGACACGCAGCAGUAAGACAGAUAACUCAUAACCCCUGCCCUGCCCCAUCCCCACUGUCCAGGACACCCACAGACCCAAAGUCUACAUUCACUUCGUCACAAGUGAAUGUCACAGUUCUAAAUCUCCAUUAAAGGUCAAAUCCACCCUUAAAGUUUCAUACACUGUUGCAGGACUACACCAGUGUUUUACCACGUUGUACCCAGUUUACUACAAAGAACAAAUACAUUAUUGCUGACCAUUUUCCAUGCAAAAUUUGAUUUUUUUUGUUUACUUUUCAUCCAAACAGACAUGGUUUCCCAUUCAUCGCUGUAUAGUACUAAUGUACACUUUGAAAUUUCUGGUUCAAAUUUGUACACUGAUAUUCAUUUUAGGACAUAAAAGACAGGUGACUAAGCUUAAUGCACUAUCGGGUUGACAAUCUUUAUAUAGCAGCAAUGCAGAGCUCAGAUGAUUAGUAGUAAACACGCUGAACAUGCAAAAAAUAACAAAAAAAACAACAACAAAGAGGUUUUCAUUUUCUCGCCCUAGCAUAGACUUUACUUUGAUUUCUGUUUCAGUUAGUUUUUUCCCACAAUGUCCUCAUGUAACCCAUCACACAAUGGGUGUAAGUAAAUCUUUUUGGUAUGUUUAAAUGUGUGCCCACUUUUAUAGCAACUGUAAAUAUAGAAAUAUAGAUAGCCUCCCAGCUAGUUCAUAGUCGUGCAUGUUUGUAGUCACACGACUUGAAAUGCAGCGCAUCUCGUGGCUUCAUGGUCCAUCGGGGCAUUUUGAGGUUACCGUUUAAGUCUUUUCUAAAGUUUUUUUUCACCCUUGUGCUAUCGCUGUCUCAAGAGAGGCCUUUCUUUUGUUUUUAGUCUAACGCCCUGUUUAUACUUAUACAGAUAAUUAGAAGAACUUAAAAUUUUCCCCGGCCAUUUUCAAAAACAAAACACAUAAUCCCAACGAUUUUCAUUUUAAGAAAUAUUGUCAUACACCUAGAACGCAAAAACGACCCCCACAUUCUCCCGUCAUGUCAAAGACAGUAACGCGUACAGUCUAACGUUACCAUUCUCAAAACACCCACUGGAGAUCUCAUGAACUUUAAACUGCAGAUGCUGAGGUGGAGCAAAAACAUUGGGUGCAGCAGAUGUCGUUUGUUCGUAAAAGUGUUGCAGCAAUACUGGGUUUAAAUGUAAAGUAGUCAUUUAAUCAAGCAGUAUUAACAAAAUGUUGCAAAGUGGUAGUCGGCCGUGUGAUUGUUUGUGGCUCAUGUUCAUUACACAAAGCAACAGUGGGCAUGCGCAAAUUGAGGAGAUAAUGACAUGGUUUCCCAAAUACUCUGUUAACAUGUCCGUAUGGAUACACAGUAACCGGGGUUUUGGAGAAAAAAAAGUUUGCAUGUGGUCAGGAUGAUAAAUAUUAGUUUACAGAAUCAUCUGUGUAUGUGCAGACAGGGCUAGAGGGUCAGACUCUGAAAUGUGCACUUACCAAAAAGAGACAUUUUCUGUUAAAAUAUAUCACUAUAAAACAAAAUCUUCACUUCAAACAGUGUGAAAGUAUUCAGGGUGGAUUUUUCCUUUUUUAAGAUGUGAAUACACUUGUAUAAUAACUACAAAUGGGUUUUUAUUUCUUAAACACAUUUCAUUUUUCAAAGCAUCUUUUGUUAAUUGAAAACAAGCCCCUUAAUUCCUUUUUUCGACUUGAAACACAUGGUCUGCUGCAGUUACCGAUGCUAUAAAUACAUAUUGUAAAAUUCAGUGAAACUUUUUUCUUAUCUUGGAAAAUGGUGUAUGCCUGUUCCCAUGGAAUAUUAUAAUAAAAACACCUAAAAAACGC